AUGGGGCUGCAGCAGAAGGCCAUGGUGAAGGGGCGCCUCUUCUGCGCGCCCUUCGUUGAGCUCCGCCGCCGCCAUGGCUUCCUCGAGCGCCGGGGGCUCUACCGGGCCCCGCGCAAGGGCCAGGAGCACCCGGACAACCCCAGGCUGAAGGACAUCCUGCACCUGCCCGAGGAUGCCUUCCUGGCCAGCGUGGCCCACUCCACGCCGCAGGAGUACGAGGUCUUCAAGAAGCUGCUGGCCCGCGAGGAGGAAGAACCCAUCCCAGGCUGUGACCAGGAGCCCCGCUGA